AUGGACAUCGACCAGACCCCUACCGCGCCAAAGGCAGACGCUGGGGACAAGAUGGACACUGACGAGUCCGCUGUCAAGACCGAAGGUGACGGCGAGAAAAAAGCUGAAGAAGAAGCAAAAGCAUUAGAUAAGCCUGAAGGCUUGAAGAGGAAGAUGGAGAAAGAGAAAGUGGGCUUCCCAGAUGAAUGCUACGAGCCUGUUAAGAAGCCCACAGUUGGCUUGAUACUGCUGAAUGACACCAAGCCUUCAGAGUCAAAGACGCUCUUGGAGAUGAAGGAAGCCAAAAAGGGGGCGACUAGGGAGGCGAAUAGGGAGGCAAGCGGUGUAGCCGACGCAGCCGGGGUUUUGACCGCGCUUGAUGAGGGUGGUGAAGGGGAGAAGGACGCAGAGGUGCCGCAUGAAUUUGAAAAUCAGUCUGACAAUGAGUGA